UUGUUCAGGGAAACACUGCUGUUUGAACAUUUGCCAAGUUGCUGGGACAGAUAAGAGGCCUCUAACCCUACAAGUGAGUAGGGUAACUGAGCAGCUCAUGUGCAACGAACUGGCUGCGGACAGCAGUGACUGCAGAGGCACAGAAGGAAACAGAAUGAAAGCCUGUAGCGUGCACACCGGCAGAGAAACCCACAGCGACCACUGACCCGCACCACCCACUGGAAGGCGGGGCAGGCCCAGAGCCCAGGAAGCAUCUCAAACACCAGGGCCUCCAGGUGCCACUCCCUGCAGCUCUCCAUACCUAGUGGAUUCCAGUAUUAGAAGCGGGGGAAGAAAUUUGACAAAUCCAACACCUCAGUGUGGAGACACGGUUUGAGGUAUACAGAUUCUGAAAUAGACCAGAAAGAUCAACUGGGCUCCCAUGUUACCUUUCCUGGCAGGCUGACAGGAGCAGAACAUGACGAGCUUUACCAAGGAAGACAUCCAAUGACGCUUGCCAUUACUUCCUUUUGAAGAUUUCUUGAAAACUUGACACUGCAUUGUCGUUAAACAGAUUCAUCAUGCACAUUGCUACAGCCUCAUUCAGUUUCAUCAGCAGAUGACAGUGGAUCCUUGUAAACAUUUUUGCCUAAUGACCAAGAAAGAGGCUUAGUGCGCGUCACUAGUACUAGUGAAACUAUUUGAGUUUGCAACUUUAAGAACAGCAAUACAGGAGCCACAGCUGUAGCUGAGCUCUUCAAAGCUUUUUCAUGAGGUUCCUACACCUCACUGAAGUCCCACCUGGCACACUAAUCUGAUGUGUAUGCUAACCUGCUGCAUUAAAGGAUGAAGUUAAGAAAUGUUGAAACCAGUGAAGUGUUUUCUUCACUCAGCCUUUAAAAUUUCUUCCUGUCCUAAACAAUCAAGGAGAAAGUCAAAAUUUUAUGACUUCACUCUCAACUCAUUUACAGAGCCUUCUGUUCAGUUCCAUGAUUCAGUAUCAAUUUUCUUAAAUGACUACAUUCCGUGACUUCUCUGCAUGAGCUUGGAGAAUUGAUUCUCAUGGCAGCUUCUCAAAUCACUCUGUGGAGGAUAAUUUCUGGAACCUUUGGAGUAAUAUGCCUUAUACUGAUGGUUACUUUGGGAAUUUUGUUGAAAAAUACAUUCACUAAACAAAGUAUUCAACCAACACUUGCUCCAGAGCCCAUCAAAGAACUCCAGGAAGUACCUGACUGCUGUUCUUGCCAAGAAAAGUGGAUCGGCUACCAGUGCAACUGUUACUUCAUUUCUGAUGAAAAGAACACUUGGACAGAAAGCAGUCAUUUCUGUGCCUCUCACAAUUCCAGUCUUCUUCAGCUCCAAAACAGUGAUGAAUUGGCUUUUAUGAAAAGCACCCAAAUGUUUUAUUGGACUGGUCUCUCUUUUACUAAAGAACAUGGUGCCUGGUUGUGGGAAGAUGGCUCAGCUCCCUCUCAAGAUCUACUCUCAUUGCUUCCAAUUCCAACUCCAGGGCACUGUGUAGUGUAUAGUCCAAGAAGAGUGGCUGACUCUAAACUCUGUGAAAUCAGUAACCGUUACAUUUGUAAGCAACGGCUUAUUUAAAUGUUAAAGCAAAACGGUGGACAAUACAGAAUACUCAAUACUAAAAGUAGUACCUUUUCUUCUUAUUAUUCCUGCCUACUUCUGGGAUCUGUAAAUUGUUUCAAACUAUCUUUUCAUAUAAUUCUCAAAUAUUUGAGGCCAUGCAUUUUUAAAAUAGUGGAAUUUGUAUGACUACACAUGAAAUUAUAGUGUAAAGAUAUAUAAUUACUUGUAUUUUUAAAUUGGGUAUGUAUAUUUAAUGUUAAAUAUGUUUGUGCACAUCUGCUAGUAAAUUGUCUUGGAAGAACUUUAAAUAAAGGUUAAUUCAUACCAUGUAA